AUGCUUGCACCACUUGCGAUUGGUUUUACGGUUCUUAUGGAUAUUAUGGCCGUGGGCGCUAUUUCUGGCGCGUCGAUGAACCCUGCACGAUCGUUUGGGCCAAACAUUGUGGCAAUGAUUUUCAUGCAUGAUAAAAUUGCGGCCAAUUUCUGGACGAACCAUUGGAUCUACUACAUUGGGCCGGUGUUUGGUGCAAUGCUUGCUGCGGGAUUGUACAGGGUUUUCUUCUCCAAAGGUGAUCGAGUGAUGUGA